UUUGAGCUGUGACCAUGACUCUGAGUAUUUAUGCAUUUAUGUGUUAUGCUGUGAUUCACCUUUAGGUAUUUUAACUAGAAAUUUUCCUAAGGGAUUAUAGUUGAAGAACAAAUUUGGUCAUCAUGUGGCUUAUAAUAAAGAAUGGUUACACACCAACAUGUUAUGUUUCAUUCUUGUCUUCUUUUAGAACUCAGUUGUGACAAACUUCAUUUCCUCUUCCACAGAAGGAUGCCUCAAGAUAUCCCACUUGUCCUGGCAUCAAAACAGUUGUUGGAUCCAUCAUCUCUCCUGAACAAUGGAAGAAAUAUAACAAAUGCCACAUGGGAGAUGCUUCAGAGUUCUGUGUUUAGUAUUGCCUUGCCUACACUUUUCUCCAUUAUCUUUACCAUCAGCAUUCCUCUCAAUUCCAUCUCCUUGUGGUUCCUCUGCAAGCAUUCAAGGCCUUGGACUCCCACCAUAGUGUUCUGCAUUAAUCUCACCAUUGCAGACUUGUUAUACAGCAUGUUGCUCCCCUUUCAAAUAGUUUACCAUUCCAAGGGUAACUAUUGGCCCUUUGGGGAUGUUCUGUGCCGCAUUGUCACUGUUUUGUCCUAUGGAAACAUGCACUGCUCUGUUUUAACCAUGAUGAGCAUCAGCAUAGAGCGCUAUCUGGGGAUUGUUCUUCCUUUGCGCUACAAAGUCAUGAGAUCCAUUAGAACUUCUGUCCUGGCUUGCAUCAUCAUUUGGGUACUUGUGGUCACUAUUUGUUACCUGCCUCACAUUGUCAUAGCUGUCAUUCAUUAUGUCCUCCUUGCUGAUGAUAAAACAUUCUAUGUAGCAUAUAAAUUAUCCCUUGCAACUGCUGGCUUUAACUGCUGUUUUGAUCCAUUGGUUUACUACUAUGGCUCCAAAGAAUUCCGUCGAAAGAUACAGAAGAAGCUCUGCAGAUGUGCUGUUGUUGGUUUUAGUGAAAAUACCCCUAUUUUUUCGGAGCAUGAUAUGCAAAUAACUCCCAUACAAAAAGCACCGAGGAUAUAAGCCACAUUGUUCUGGGAAUUAUAUAGACUUGUCAAAAAUGACAUUAUUAGGAGCCAGUUGCUUGUAGAACUUCAACUUCCACUGAAAAGUUUUCCAAAUGAACAAUGAACAUCAUCUAUGAUAUUAUAUGUAUAAGGAAAACUGAAGUUAAACUUCAACUGGAUAUGAAUUUGAUUAUGUUACAGUUCAAUAGUUUUUAUCCUUUUGGGAGCAAUGGAGCAUUUUAAAAAUCUGAUGGAAACUAUGGUUCCUACUCCUAAAAAAUGAACAUACAGAAAAACACACAUAAAAGUUUGAAUAACACCUAGUCCUGUUUGAAAAAUAUCAAUGAAUAUUUGAAAAGGGCAAACAUUUUCCUUAAAAUACACUAUGUUGGUGGGAGACACGUACAAGGACUUAUUUGGAGCCCAUAGGCUUCAGUUAUAACUGUUUCUCUAGGCUGUGAUUUACCAAAAAGUAUUCUGAGAUGGGAGAGGGGGAAGGAGAACAAUCAUAUUUGACUAUCAAAGGGCCCUUCCACACAGCCAUAUAGCCCAGAAAAUCAAGGCAGAAAAUCCCACAGUAUCUGCUUUGAACUGGGUUAUCUGAAUCCACACUGCCAUAUAUUCAGUUCAAAGCAGAUAAUGUGGGAUUUUGUUCAGCUGUGUGGAAAGGGCCCAAUAAAUAUUUUAAUGCAUAGAAAGAAGAUUUAAGAGUUAUUGUGCAAAACAUACCUAAAAUAAAGGUGUUCAAUACUUUUAAUUAUAUGACAGAUGUCAUUCUUAAGAUGUACAGUCAUAUAUUGAUAAUAAAGCAAUGUGUAUAGUUUCUUUGUUCUGAUCUUAAGUAACAUAAUAGUUAGUAUUAUUUUUAUUGCCCAUAUAAUGUUCUAAGAAUAACAGUGAGAAAUCAGAUCCAGCAUGUAUGUCAAAUUGAAUGAACACUUGGCUGUUUCCCUGUCCCUGGUUUACCUUGUGAAAAAGCUGUGCUGACAACACUAAUGAGCAAAUUUGAAGUUGAAAAGGAGAAACCCAGUGGGAAAAAGGGAAGUAUGGCAAAUAAGAAAUUACACCAUUUAGAAAUGUGAACCUUCACAUAUAGUUUCAGGAAAACUGAAUUGUGGAACUCCAUGCUACAAAGGAAUUUAGGAAUUUGGGGCAUUAGAUAUCAGUAUAAAGCAGCAUUGUCACUGAUAGCUGAUGGUGCCAAAUGGACUUCCAUUUGCUAGGAUUAUGUGAUUGGUUGGCUAAAUCAAAUGGUGAAAGAAUGAUUAUUUAUUAUGGUGCAAUUGCUGUUAUUGACAGGUGUUUUGUUUUUAUAACAAAUGUUAUAAAAAUGUUUCCUGCUUCUUAGCAGGGGGUUGGACUAGAUGGCCCAUGUGGUCUCUUCCAACUCUACUAUUCUAUGAUUCUAUGAUUCUAUGAUUCUAUAAUUGUGGGUAAUAUGUUAGCACACACACAAUACAGAGAGAGCCCCAUCGAGAAAUACUGUAAGCUAAAAAAUAUAUGCUUUUAGAGACCAAUAUGCUUUUAGUUAUAAAAAAAUAAAUAAAAUCAUGCUGA